AUGGAUUCACUGCUCACCAGCUUGGAGGAACUUGGGGUGCACAUCCGCCAACCCACGUCGUAUGAGCAAUGUGACGCCGCCUUCGAUCGACUCCGACACCAUCUCAAGAGCAUCAAUUUUGAGAGUGAGAUACAAAAACCGGUGAGCGAGGACAAGAAUGUGGUGGCAAUCGGAAGUGUUCUGGCCGAGGCAAUGGCAGUAGCGUUCUGGGGGGACGCUCUGACCUUCCUACACAUGGCGAUCGAGAUGAUCAAGAUUCAUCUCUUCAGCGGCCGCUUCACGCAGAUCGGCCUCGGCUGUACUCAUUUGGCCAUGGUCGCAUACAGUCGUUACAAGGAUCAAGAGUUAGGCGCCAGAAUGAGCGACUUGGCGGUCCUGCUGUACGACCAGCACGCGGACUUGUGGUCGCGAGGCGCCGGUCUCACGAUCCAAACCUCAAUGGUUGAACAUCUGCGAGUUCCGCUCCGGAUGGCUCUUCCCACGCUGGAGCAUGCGGUGGAAGCUUCCUUUGCAGGCGGAGAUCCCCAUCCAAUGCUCCUGAGUUUCGCCUCUAUGGCUGCUGCUCGAUUGUAUCUGGGCCAUGAUAUGUCCGAGCUAGAAACUUUCUGUACCGAAACGCCCGAGGAACUCGACGACUGGGUGCACGAUACACGUGGGGGAGUAAUCCUUGUAGCAGUAAAGCAAGUCGCGCGAGCCCUGCAAGGCAAAACCUCCUGGCAGGUGCCAGCUUAUAUCAUGUCGGACGAGUAUCACAAGACUUAUGAGUUCAUGGAGUUUAUAGAUGUGCAUGCGACGCGCGCAGAUCGGCCCCGGGACGUCUACUGGGGCCUUGCAAUGAUUCCCCUGUACGUGUAUGGACACCACGAGAAAGCCAUCGAGGUUGGUACAGAUAUGAUGGAAUCCGUGGACAGACUAUGGUCCAUGCGAAUAUCUUAUUUGAUCCACUUCUACCUGGCGCUCUCCAUUCUCACCCAGCACUUCGAUAAUCCCGGUUGUAGCGACCUGGAUUCGCGCCUUGACGAUGUGUUAAAGUACAAGGCCGUGAUCGACUUUGCCAGAAGCGCCUGUGACGCGAACUAUGGCAUGUGGUCCUUGCUUUUGGAGGCGUUACUCUGUGAGGUCAGGCAAGAAUUCGAUUCAGCUAUACUUGCCUACGAAGCUGCGAUCGACCAUUGCGAAAUUCAUGGAUGGCCUUUGGAGGAAGCUCUGGCUCUUGAGCUCUAUGAUUCUCUUGUCGGCAUCACUCGUAACGCACCACCAGAGCCUGUUCCACCGCCCAUGGAAGAUGACAGGAAGAAGCAGUGGCUAGAACACAAUGAGCCCUCCGCAGGUGAAGGAUCUCUAGACAUCUCCAGUGUCGGGCUAGAUAUCAUCGACCUGUCCAGCAUUCUCGAGUUCAGUCAAGUGAUGUCCUCGGAGCUGCAAUUCGAUAAACUCCUGACGAAGAUGAUUGAGAUCAUUCUGGAGUCGUGCAAUGGCUCGGAUUUGGCAGUUAUUGCCACGGAGUUUGAAGAUAUGGGCUACGCGAUUGCCGCGACUGGAGACCUGGAGAAUGGACAGACAGCGUUCCCGGAUGGUCUUCCCUUCUCGGAAAUGGAGGAUAAGAUCGCUCAGCAGAUCUCUCAUUAUACUCUUCGCACUCGGGAAGAGGUGCUCGUUCACAAUGUCCUUGAGGAUGACCGUUUCUCGAUUGUCAGCGACGCAUACCAAGCACGCUAUCCGCUCGGCCGAUCUGUCAUAGCAUUGCCAAUCGUCCAAGCUGAUAAUCUACUUGGAGUCAUCCAUAUCGAAGGAAAGCCCAAUUCGUUCACGCAACGUAACGUAGUUGUGCUCCGUCUACUCUGCAACCAGGCCGGGAUUUCCCUUGCCAAUGCGUUACUGUUUCGCAAAGCUCGCAAAGUCAGCGCGACGAAUGCUGCCAUGGUUGAAACACAAAAGCGCGCUCUGGCCCAGGCUCGCGAGGCGGAGCAGAAAGCCAAGGUCGCGGAAGCCGAAGCGAAUCGCAAUGUCAAGCUCAAGGAUGAUGCGGCCAAGGCCAAGUCUAUCUUCCUGGCCAACGUGUCCCACGACCUGCGUACGCCGAUGAACGGCGUCAUUGGACUUUCUGAAUUGCUGAAGGGGACGAAACUGGACAAGGAGCAGGAUGGCUAUGUGGAGUCCAUCCGGGUCUGUGCCGACACACUGCUGACGCUCAUCAACGACAUCUUGGACUUUUCGAAACUCGAGGCUGGGAAGAUGAAGAUCUCGACAGUGCCUUUGAACCUGAGAGAGACGAUCAGCGAAGUUGUCCGCGCGCUUCGAUAUACGCACCGCGACCGAGGCUUGCAGACGAUCGAGGAUCUGGACAAGGUUCCGCCGGACUUGGUCGUCCUUGGAGAUCCGGUCCGUCUCCAUCAGAUCUUCAUGAAUCUUCUCAGCAACAGUUACAAGUUCACACCCAAAGGAUCCGUCACAGUGAGGGCCAAGGUGACACGUGAGGGCAAGGGUCGAGUACGGCUGGAAUGUUCUGUGCAAGAUACCGGUAUUGGAAUCCCGGAGGAGCACAAGUCGCGGCUCUUCCGACCCUUCUCACAGGCAGAUAGUUCCACGGCGAGGUCGUACGGCGGCAGCGGGCUUGGGUUGAGCAUCUGCAAGGCCAUUAUCGAAGAUGUCCUUGGAGGGCUGAUCUGGCUGGAUUCGACCCCUGGCGUCGGCACGACGGUGACAUUCCAGCUGGUCUUCAACAAAGCUCCAAAGGAGGCGAUCGUGAAGGCACCAUGGUCACAGAAUUUCAACCAAGUUCAGGUUCGGAGUCCACCCAAGCCGGUGGCCCGGGACCUCACGACGAUUCCUCGAGAUCAGAUUCGAGUCUGUAUCGCGGAGGAUAACCCGAUCAACCAGAAGAUUGCCGUCCAGUUCGUCCGGGGGCUAGGAUUGCAAAGCGAGGCUUUCAGCGACGGACAGCAGGCUGUGGAAGCGCUCCGGCAGCGUUCGAAAGAAGGACGGCCGUUCCAUGUUGUUUUGAUGGACGUCCAGAUGCCGGUUCUGGACGGAUAUAAUGCGACGCGUGAGAUCCGGCGAGACGAAGAUCCGAAUGUGAAUGAGGCUUUGGUGAUCGCCAUGACAGCGAGCGCUAUUGAAGGUGAUCGCGAGAAGUGCCUCGACGCGGGCAUGAACAACUACCUUGCGAAACCGGUGCGGUCGGGCGUACUGAGUGAGAUGCUUGAUCAGUACUUGGCUCCAGUGCCGCAGACGAAGCUGCGCCGCCGACCCGUCACGCAGAGCAGCAGCGACAUGAGUACUGAUGGGGCGGGCACGCCGAGCAGCUACGCAUCUGCGACCAGCAACGUCAGUGCGGUCAUCGCGGACGACGAGUCGUCAUCGCAGGAGCCUUCACAAGACCCUUCACAAGAGCCUUCACAGGGGCCUUCACAGGAGCCUUCACAGGGGCCUUCACAGGGGCCUUCACAAGAGCCAUCGCAGGGGCCAUUGCAGGAACCGUCACAGGAGCCACCGCAGGACAGCCAACAACUCCCUGAUGGCAGCACACGAUCGGACACGUCUGCAAAUGGCGUGUCGGAUGAAUCUAAAACUCGGACGGAGAGUAUCGAUACGCAGAGUUCGUGA